AGCCCCUUAGCUUUUUCUUCCAUCUCUUCUCAUUCUUACUUACAUUCUUACUUUCAGAGAGAAUUUUUUCAGAUUUUUAAACCUUCUUACAAUCGAUUGUAAACAUAUAUCUUAUAAAGAAACUCUAUAUAUACAUAUCUUGAAGAUUCAGAAGAGAUGGGAAAUUACUACUCUAGAAGAAAAUCUCGAAAACACAUCACGACUAGUGUUGCCUUCAUCAUCCUUCUCCUUCUUUUGUUUCUCUUUCUUUAUGCUAAAGCUUCAUCGUAUUCUCCUCCUAAUAUACAUCAUCAUUCAACUCAUGGAAACUUGAAGAAACCUGAAAUUUUGGAUCCAGAGCUUCGUGAUCUUGAUUCCAGUGCUACGUCAAGAUCAGGAUCAAGAUAUACUAGUAAUAAAGGCGGCGGUGAAGUUGUAUUUGAAGAUGGCAAGAGAAGGGUCUUCACAGGUCCUAAUCCUUUGCACAAUAGAUAAUCUUUUUGCUUUUUACAAGUUUUGUGAAUCUUUUUCGUCUGAAUAAAAAAUACAUUUGUGCAAACAAAACAAAAAAAAAGAA